UUUUCUGGUGUAAUAAGAGAAGACAGGGGGCCAUCCUUACAAAAUCCCGUUUUCUGGCAUGUUAUAGGAAAACAAGAGGUGCAACCCCCCCCAAAAUCUCAUUUUCUGGCAUAUUAAGGGAAUGGCAGGAGAAGCUCCGUGGGCUAAGGGGUUCCAGGUGAAAGAUGAGAGAGGUCUCAGGGGUCUCCAGGUGGCAGGUGAGGGUGGUGGUGGGACACUCCAGGUGACAGCGAGGUGUCCCUGCAGGAGGAGGUGAAGGUGAAGAUGAAGGAGCUGAACGAGCACAUCGUGUGUUUCCUGUGCGCCGGGUACUUCAUCGACGCCACCACCAUCACCGAGUGCCUGCACACUUUCUGCAAGAGCUGCAUUGUGAAGUACCUGCAGACCAGCAARUACUGCCCCAUGUGCAACACCAAGAUCCACGAGACUCAGCCGCUGCUCAACCUUAAACUGGACCGGGUCAUGCAGGACAUCGUCUACAAGCUGGUGCCCGGCCUGCAGCACAGUGAGGAGAAGCGGAUCCGGGAGUUCUACCAGUCCCGUGGCCUCGACCGGGUGACACAGCCYAGCGGUGACGACACUGUGGGAGGUGACCCCAUGGGGCUCCCAUACAGCACUUUUGACCACUCGCGUGCCCACUACUUCCGCUACGACGAGCACGUCUCGCUCUGCCUGGAGAAGCUGAGCUCCAGCAAGGACAAGAGCAAGGCUGUGCUGCAGCAGAAGUACGUGAGGUGCUCGGUGCGGGCACAGAUCCGACACCUGCGGAGGGUCCUGUGCCACCGGCUGGGGCUGCCCCUGCAGCAUGUUCAGAUCCUGUUUGACAACGAGUCCCUCCCUGACCACAUGACAAUGAAGCAGCUCUGGCUCUCACGCUGGUUCGGCAAGCCCGCACCCCUCCUGCUGCACUACAGCAUCAAGGACAAGAGGAGGUAGGGGUGGGGGGUGGGCGCUGCCCCCCCAGUGCAGCCCUGCUCCCACC